GGCGUUCGCAGUCAGGAAGUCAUGUCCAGAUCGGGUGAUAGAACAUCCACCUUUGACCCAACGCACAGUGACACCUUGCUGCAUGGGCUCAACCUGUUAUGGAGAAAGCAGCUGUUCUGUGAUGUGACGCUCACUGCCCAGGGACAGCAGUUCCACUGCCACAAAGCUGUGCUGGCAUCCUGCUCUCAGUAUUUCAGAUCUCUCUUCUCCUCCCAUAAUGCCAUCAACAACGAGGGAAGCAAGGGGGACCAGGGCAGCAGUGGGACCCCCUCAUCCUCUCCCGAUGACAAGCUGGUGACCCCCAGCACCAGGCCCAUCAACAACCUGGUGCUCCAGGGCUGCUCCUCUAUUGGACUGCGAUUAGUGCUGGAGUACCUGUACACUGCCAAUGUUACUCUCUCCCUGGACACAGUGGAAGAGGUGCUUUCAGUCAGCAAGAUCCUGAACAUCCCCCAGAUAACCAAGCUGAGCGUGCAGUUUCUCAACGACCAGAUCUCUGUGCAGAACUACAAGCAGAUCUGCAAGAUCGCUGCACUGCACGGACUGGAUGAGACCAAGAAGCUGGCCAACAAGUACCUGGUGGAGGAUGUGCUGCUGCUGAACUUUGAGGAGAUGUGCGCCAUGCUGGAUGCUCUACCACCCCCGGUGGAGUCAGAGCUGGCUCUCUUCCAGAUGUCAGUCCUCUGGCUGGAGCAUGACCGGGAGACUCGCAUGCACUAUGCACCGGACCUGAUGAAGAGGCUACGCUUUGCUCUCAUACCUGCUCCUGAGCUGGUGGAGAGGGUGCAGUCUGUCGACUUCAUGAGGAGUGACCCUGUGUGCCAGAAGCUGCUCCUGGAUGCCAUGAACUACCACCUGAUGCCCUUCAGGCAGCACUGCAGGCAGACCAUGGCCAGCAGAAUACGUUCCAAUAAGAGAAUGCUUCUGCUGGUGGGGGGUUUGCCUCCUGGACCUGAUCGUUUUCCCAGCAAUUUAGUCCAGUACUACGACGAUGAAAAAAAGACGUGGAAGAUCCUCACAAUAAUGCCUUACAACAGCGCUCAUCACUGCGUGGUAGAGGUGGAGAACUUCCUGCUGCUGCUGGGUGGAGAGGAUCAGUGGAACCCCAACGGAAAGCACAGCACUAACUUUGUCAGUCGUUAUGAUCCCAGAUUCAACAGCUGGAUUCAGCUGCCUCCUAUGCAGGAAAGGAGAGCCAGUUUUUUUGCCUGCCGCCUGGAUAAGCACCUGUACGUGAUUGGUGGAAGGAACGAGGCAGGCUACCUUUCCAGCAUGGAGUCCUACAACCUGGAGACAAAUGAGUGGAACUAUGUGUCACCUCUGCCACAGCCUUUAGCUGCACAUGCAGGAGCAGUGCACAACGGCAAGAUCUACAUUUCAGGAGGAGUGCACAACGGCGAGUAUGUGUCCUGGCUCUACUGCUACGACCCCGUAAUGGAUGUGUGGGCGAGAAAACAGGACAUGAACACAAAGCGCGCCAUUCACGCCCUGGCUGGGAUGAACGACCGCCUGUACGCGAUCGGUGGAAACCAUUUGAAAGGUUUUUCUCACCUUGAUGUUAUGUUGGUUGAGUGCUAUGACCCAAAAGCUGACCAAUGGAACAUCCUGCAGACACCCAUACUGGAGGGUCGCAGCGGUCCGGGCUGUGCUGUUUUGGAUGACAGCAUCUUCCUCGUGGGGGGGUACAGCUGGAGCAUGGGGGCCUAUAAGUCUUCAACCAUCUGCUACAGCCCAGAGAAAGGAACAUGGACAGAGUUGGAGGGAGAGGUGGCAGAACCUUUGGCGGGCCCAGCCUGCUCCACUGUCAUCCUGCCCGCCUGCCUCCCAUUUAACAAAUGACAACUAAUCCAACCGAUGGGAGGCGAGAAAGAGGAGCAGCCGAGUGACUGGGGGGAGGAUCAUCCGUAAACAAAACACUUGUCAACAAUUUUGCGACAAACCCUCCAAGUUGUAAACCGGGGGUGUGUAUAAAUUAUUUUUUUACAG